CGGGUGCGGCGGCUGCCGGACCGGGCGAGGUCCGGUGCGGUCCCGGGGCUCGCGGCUGUUCCGCUCCAAGCCCUUGGCGCCUGCCGCGCCCUCCGUGCCGGGGCUGCCGGGCCGGGGAUGCACGCGGUGCCCGGGAGCCAUGGUCCGCUUCGGGGACGAGCUGGGCGGCCGCUAUGGGGGCACCGGCGGGGAGCGGGCCCGGGGCGGCGGGGCCGGCGGGGCGGGUGGCCCGGGCCCCGGGGGGCUGCAGCCGGGCCAGCGGGUCCUCUACAAGCAGUCCAUCGCGCAGCGCGCUCGGACCAUGGCGCUGUAUAACCCCAUCCCGGUCAAGCAGAACUGCUUCACCGUCAACCGCUCGCUCUUCGUCUUCAGUGAGGACAAUGUCGUCCGCAAAUACGCCAAGCGCAUCACCGAGUGGCCUCCCUUUGAGUACAUGAUCCUGGCCACCAUCAUCGCCAACUGCAUCGUGCUGGCCCUGGAGCAGCACCUCCCUGAUGGGGACAAGACACCCAUGUCUGAGCGCCUGGAUGAUACGGAGCCCUAUUUCAUUGGGAUCUUUUGCUUUGAGGCGGGCAUCAAGAUCAUCGCUCUGGGCUUUGUUUUCCACAAGGGCUCCUACCUGCGGAAUGGCUGGAAUGUAAUGGACUUCGUGGUGGUCCUCACGGGGAUCCUUGCCACGGCUGGAACUGACUUCGACUUGCGGACACUGAGGGCUGUGCGUGUGUUAAGGCCCCUGAAGCUGGUGUCUGGGAUUCCGAGUUUGCAGGUGGUGCUCAAAUCCAUCAUGAAGGCCAUGGUUCCACUACUGCAGAUUGGGCUGCUUCUCUUCUUUGCCAUCCUCAUGUUUGCCAUCAUUGGCCUCGAGUUCUACAUGGGCAAAUUCCACAAGGCCUGUUUCCCCAACAGCACAGAUGCAGAACCUGUGGGCGACUUCCCCUGUGGCAAGGAAGCCCCAGCCCGGCUAUGUGAGGGCGACACCGAGUGCCGGGAGUACUGGUCAGGACCCAACUUUGGUAUCACCAACUUUGACAACAUCCUGUUUGCCAUCUUGACAGUGUUCCAGUGCAUCACCAUGGAGGGCUGGACGGACAUCCUCUACAAUACAAAUGAUGCGGCUGGCAACACCUGGAACUGGCUCUACUUCAUUCCUCUCAUCAUCAUUGGCUCCUUUUUUAUGCUCAACCUGGUGCUGGGUGUGCUCUCAGGGGAGUUUGCCAAGGAACGAGAGCGGGUGGAGAACCGCCGAGCGUUCCUGAAGCUCCGCCGGCAGCAGCAGAUUGAGCGGGAGCUGAAUGGGUACCUGGAGUGGAUUUUCAAAGCUGAGGAAGUCAUGCUGGCAGAAGAGGACAAGAAUGCAGAGGAGAAGUCCCCUUUGGAUGCAGUGUUGAAGAGAGCUGCCACCAAGAAGAGCCGCAAUGACCUGAUCCAUGCAGAGGAGGGGGAGGACCGAUUUGCAGAUCUCUGUGCAGUUGGAUCCCCCUUUGCCCGGGCCAGCCUCAAGAGCGGGAAGACAGAGAGCUCGUCAUACUUCCGGAGGAAGGAGAAGAUGUUCCGGUUCUUCAUCCGGCGCAUGGUGAAGGCACAGAGCUUCUACUGGGUGGUGCUGUGUGUGGUGGCCCUGAAUACAUUGUGUGUGGCCAUGGUGCACUACAACCAGCCGCAGCGGCUCACCACCGCACUGUACUUUGCAGAGUUUGUUUUCCUGGGUCUCUUCCUCACAGAGAUGUCCCUGAAGAUGUAUGGCCUAGGACCCAGAAGCUACUUCCGGUCCUCCUUCAACUGCUUUGACUUUGGGGUCAUUGUGGGAAGCAUUUUUGAAGUGGUCUGGGCUGCCAUUAAACCAGGAACCUCCUUUGGAAUCAGCGUGCUGCGGGCACUACGGUUGCUAAGGAUCUUCAAGGUCACCAAGUACUGGAACUCCCUGAGGAAUCUCGUGGUGUCCCUGCUCAACUCCAUGAAGUCCAUUGUCAGCUUGCUGUUCCUGCUCUUCCUGUUCAUCGUGGUCUUUGCUCUGCUGGGGAUGCAGCUAUUUGGGGGACAGUUCAACUUUAAAGAUGAGACUCCGACAACCAACUUCGAUACCUUUCCUGCUGCUAUCCUCACUGUCUUCCAGAUCCUGACAGGAGAGGACUGGAAUGCAGUGAUGUAUCAUGGGAUUGAAUCGCAAGGAGGAGUCAGCAAAGGCAUGUUCUCCUCCUUUUACUUCAUUGUCCUGACGCUGUUUGGAAACUACACCCUACUAAAUGUCUUCCUGGCUAUUGCUGUGGACAACCUUGCCAAUGCCCAGGAGCUGACCAAGGAUGAAGAAGAGAUGGAAGAAGCAGCUAAUCAGAAGCUUGCUCUGCAGAAGGCCAAAGAAGUGGCUGAAGUUAGCCCCAUGUCUGCUGCCAACAUCUCCAUUGCUGCUUUUGUAAAGCAAACUCGAGGUACUGUAUCUCGCAGCUCAUCUGUCUCCAGCGUAAACUCACCCAGGCAGCAGAACUCCGCCAAGGCACGCUCAGUGUGGGAGCAGCGGGCCAGCCAGUUGCGGCUUCAGAACCUGCGUGCCAGCUGCGAGGCGCUGUACAGUGAGAUGGACCCCGAGGAGCGGCUGCGCUACGCCACCACGCGCCACCUGCGGCCAGACAUGAAGACGCACCUGGAUCGGCCGCUGGUGGUGGAGCCUUGCAGGGACGGCCCGCGGGGUCCAACGGCAGCGGCCAAGACCCGGACCGAGGGCGCGGAGGCCACCGAGGGUACGGACCCUCCGCGCCGGCACCACCGGCACCGUGACAGGGACAGGGCUGCGGCCGCGGGCCCCGCCGUGGGCGAGCAGGAGAGGGCGGACGCCCCGAAGGCGGAGAGCACCGAGCUUGCGGCCCGGGAGGAGCGCGCGCGUCCCCACCGCAGCCGCAGCAAGGAGGCCGCCGGUGCUCCCGAGGGGCGGAACGAGCGCGGCCGCGGCCCGGGCCCUGAGGUUGGUCGGCGCCACCACCGGCGCGGCUCUCCGGAGGAAGCAGCCGAGCGCGAGCCCCGGCGCCACCGUGGCCACAGGCAUGUGCCUGACCCGGGCAAGGAGAGUGCUGCGCCCGCCCCCAAGGGAGAGAGGCGCCAGCGGCACCGGGGCUCCCGGGCUGGCCCCAGGGAGGCGGAGAGCGAGGAACCCGCGCGGCGGCACCGCGCGCGGCACAAGGCGUUGCCCACGCACGAGCCAGCGGAGAAGGAGGCCGGGGAGAAGGAGGGCGAGAUCGCAGAAGGGGACAAGGAGACCCGAAACCACCAGCCCAAGGAGCCUCACUGUGACCUGGAGGCCAGUGGGGUGACAGGUGUGGGCCCUGUGCACACACUGCCCAGUACCUGUCUCCAGAAGGUGGAGGAACAGCCAGAGGAUGCAGACAACCAGCGGAAUGUCACUCGGAUGGGCAGUCAACCUGCAGACCUAAGCACUGCUGUGCACAUUCCAGUGACGCUGACGAGUCCCCCUGGGGAGUCCACAGUGGUUCCCACACUUGAAAAAACGUGUGCCUCUUCUUCUGACCUCCAUGGUUUUGAUGAGAAAUCCACUGUCAUUCGAAUUGUUUUCUUCUUAUAGUUGAGCUCAUCUAUCAAG